AUGGGCACGUUCAAGGGCCCAGUUCUACGUCUCUUUCAAUCCGCUGAUAUCAAUGUGGCCUCUCGAGAUGUCAACAUGGAGACACCUUUAGUUCUUGCUUUUGAGAGACGGAAUUUUCCGGCGGUGCAAGCCUUUUUGGACUUCAAAUCGGUGUCUAACAAAACCAAUCCUUUAAUCAUUGACCUUCUACCACAAGCCGUUCAAGUAUUGAAUGCCCAAGACUCUCAAUUUGCCCUCAAGAUCCUACAUUCAGCAGUGGUCAAUGACGAUGAGGCGCUAGUUGGCAUUUUUUGCAUCCAGUCCAGUCAAUAUCACUUCAGUGACAAUGGUGUGGAGUAUCAUUCACGCAGCAGCAAUCCGAGAACACCCUACCUCGAUGAUAAGACAACACUUAUGUAUGAUCCAUGCCAUGUGGUCGCCGAGGCUAGCGAUGAAUAUCUUACCAAGAUCUUCCUUUACUCUGGAAAGAUAAAUGCGAAGUCCCGUGACGGAUGUGGCUAG